UGUGUGUGUGUGUGUGUGUGUGUGUGUGUGUAUGUGUGUGUGUGUGUGUGUGUGUGCUCAUCCAUCCUGUAAAUGGAUUGCUAAUUAAAGACUUCUCAGGUGAAGCCAGAGAAGGCGGGAGAGGAAAUGAGGAGUGGAGGGCCAGUGAAAAUACAGCAAGAGAAAGAGAAGAGGAAGGAGGCAGAGAGAAAAAGGCACAGAAAGAGGAAAAGAGACAUCAUAAGAGAGAAGCUCUGACUCAUAAACGUCCUUCCACGAGCUCGGCCACAGCAGCUAUGCACCUGCUCUGUCAUGUGCUGUUCUUGACAAUGACCCUUCACCUUGGUGUCGUCACGGGCGGAAGAGCCCAGCGUAAACAGAGGCAGGCUGAAGAGAAGCUGAGGCCAUAUCUGGGCAGAGUAGAUCCAGAAUCACUAUGUCAGUUGUUGAAAUGUAACAGUCCUAUCGGUUCCUGGUGCCAAGUAGUGAAGGAAGGAGGCCUCCUUGUCCCAAAAUGUGUGUGUCCACAGACCUGCCCUCGGCAGGGGGCACCAGUGUGCAGCAUUCUGGGGAAGACGUACGGCAACGAGUGCCUGCUUCACAGGGAGGCCUGCCGCAAAAAACGACGCAUUGGCAAGGCACAUAGUGGAGCUUGUCUUGUGAGCAAGGCAGAGUGCUCUGAGGAAGAGUUCGGUCAGUUCCCGUACCGUUUGUUGGACUGGUUUUUACUGCUCAGCAGAAUGGGAGAGAAAUACACACCAGCUGCACCCUCACAAAGCUGCCUUACACACACACAACGAACCCAGCUCGCACAGAGAAGGUUUGCUCUGUUGGAUCACAACAGGGACGGGAAAUUAAGCAGGAGAGAUCUAAGAAAGCUACACUAUAAGCGAAUGCCACUGGAGCACUGCGCUCAAAGAUUCUUCCAGUCAUGUGACAAGAACAAGAAUAAGAAGGUGACCCUGAGAGAGUGGACAUCCUGUCUUGUUAAUCGGUCAGAACGCUGGUUUCAGGAUUUCAUGUCCAUGAAGAUGGGCUCCCCAAAGCUGUGUCCUGUCCCAGACUAUAACCUUUGAAUUUAGACAUUUUAUCUGGGUGCUCAUGUUUUCGGCUGUUCUUUAAAUACUGAUGGAACAGAUUCCUGAUCCGGACCACCGCUGAUUAUCAGAAUCUGAAAUUAUUUGAUUCCACCAAUGGGGAAUUAUUCACAUACUGUAAGCUAUAUUUUAUUAGAGAUAUACAUUCAAAUUCAAGUCAGAUAAAAAUUAAUAUGCAUUAGACCAGUGGUUCCCAAACUUUUUACAGUGGCGUACCCCUCCAAACAUUCAAAGUCCAUUUGUGUACCUCCUCUCUAACGCAUAGAUAACAUUCACACAAGGCAUUUUGAAAAUAUGUAUAUUUAACACAAUUAUCAUUGUAAAACAUCUCCCUUAUAUUAAACAUGCUAUAUUUGUAAAUGUUUUGUACAUGUUAUAUUAGCAGGGGCGGGUUUACGAUUUCUGAGGCCCCAAGCAUCCGAACAAGCCGGGGCCCCAUUUCGAAAAUGUUUGCUUAAAAAAUUACAUAAAAUGUAUUUUAAAUCAUAAUUUUAAAUUCAUCCUAUCAACCACUGUAGCCAA